AUGAUUUGCCGUGAAAUCACUUCUAUCCACGAUUUUAUCAACGUCAUGGCAAAUCGUGUCUUCACGUGUAAGAGGCAGGAACAAGACGAAACAUGGAAGGAGGAAGGAGACACUGACUCACACUCAUCCAAAUUCGAUCGCUGGCCACGGAAAUUUUGUGCCUUUCAUCUCGGUAAACCGCGCAGAUGGAGAACUCAGGCUGUGACUUUGCGGAAUAAUUCACGACUUCACCCACUCGGCCGCCAUCGCGGUCCGCAAUCAUCGCGACCGAAAGGGUACAUCGAUGUCGCGUAUCGACGUCAGGAGACCACGCCGUCCGGACGAGUGAAGGAAACCAUAGACAAGUUCCACCCGCUAGACCAUUUGAUCAAGGCUCUAGAGACCGUGGCCGCCACCGCAGAUGGAACCGAUUUCGUCAUGCGGUCACCACUUGUGCCCCCCUUUGGGGCUUUGAUCCGUCUAGACGGCACCCGCGCAGAGUUUAUUGACAAUGACUGGGCGGCGACCCAAGCCUCAUUCAAUCCAAGGCCAAGCAAGGCUUCGACUAUAGUCUCCUUUACCAAGAACCUUCUCAGGCUUUGGAAGAGGACCUUGUCUUCCCGGAGGAAAGCGACGCCGAGCGUCUGA